AUGGCACUUCUAAGGAACUACUUACGUGACCAAGCUAAAUUCUACUGUCCACCAGUCAAUAGCCAUCAGUCUGCAUCCUCUAACGUGACUGAUGCCGAAGUCGAAGAGGUGUCAAGAAACUGGGACCCGCAGCAUACAAUAAUAGAGGCUCGUCACGAUGCACAUAUGGUCGAUGCACUUAUUAACGUUCUCAAUGAGGAGCUUGAUGAAAAACCUAUCCCUGAUGUGGUCGAUGGAUUGUUCGAGCAACACUAUCGCAGAGAGAUGGCGGGAAAUUAUGUUAUUAGAAGCGAACCAGACGCCAAGGCCGCUGUAGAGCGUGGACCUGUGAUACCUCUCGGACUAAUUAUGUCAUCCUGCGGGGAUCCCAUUGAGGUCGGCAGGGAAAUUCAGGCUCCGAGUGUCGGAUCCAAAGUAGACUUUCUCUUUACCACGACGGGGGAGAGGAAGGCUUUACUCGAAAUGAAGUCUCCACGUGUCUUCGACAUGGCUGCAGUAGUACUUUUUGGACUGCCCAAGAACGAAGAUGACGGAAACGGUGAAGAUGAUGAAGACAAUGGAGACGGUGAAGAUGACGAAGAUGACGAAGAGCGCGAAGAUGGCGAAGAUGACGGAGAUGAUGAAGGCAGCGAAGUUGGCUUCAAGAUAAAGUUGGAUUUGGAAGAUCCCGAGACAGGAAUGAAAGUCAUUAUGAAGGCGUGUGUGUACAUGAUCCUGUACGGAUCAGAUUGGCUCGCGUUGUCGUGCUUCACAAAAUGGGUGUUUCUCCGACUCCAUGAACGUGAUACUGUAGAUGAAGCACCAUACAUCACUUAUUCGACCAUCGAAGAGCAAUCAGACAAUACCAGGCCGUUCCGUGCAUUGGUUGGGAUGAUGCUUGCUGUCGCAAGGAAUGUCGAUGUCCCUUCCAACGCAGACCUGGAGGGGCGCCUUCGGCCAGUUCCAGUAACCGUGUUGCCUUCUGAUGCACCUGCAGUGCGGGAGCAGCACGAUCCGACUUAUAAAGGUCGAGGCCAUGUGACAAGGGCUGAGCCACCAGAAACUCGGUCUCGUAGUAGGGGUGGUAAUUCAUUAGCUUUGUCUCCUGGUUUCCUUAUCACGUGGUCACCAAAAAUCAUGUCGAAUAGGAGGUGGCUCGAAUUUUAUGUUAAGGAUACCAAUGCAUUCCCGGCUUUGAACGAGAGCGCUGUUCGGCUGUGUGUCCAGCGCAACAUUGGAUAUGGUUCAACUGGGAAUGUUUUUGAGGCGAUUCCUGAUGGCGACGAACACAACGGAGCUUUAGAACGUCAGAGAUACGCAAUAAAAACAGUCGGGAAAGGUGAGACGGACAGAGAGAGGGGCUGUGUUCGACGUCUGCUCAACGAACUCGCUAUAUAUCGCCGCAUUGGUCAGACGUCCCCAGCAGCUAUGAAGAUUGUGCCACAGUGUUAUGGACUUUUUGAAACAACACGAACACUGGCAUUGGUGAUGGAUUACGAAGGAGAUGUUCUCAGUCGCGAUGAGAAUUGGCCAGAGCUGACACGCAAUGAGAGGCAUAAGCUGUACAAUGCAAUAUUAGCACUCCAUAGACUUGGGGUUUAUCAUGGCGAUUUGGAACCCCGGAAUAUUGUCCAUGGCAGCGACGGAUCGUUCAAAAUCAUCGACUUCACAUCAAGCACCAUUCAUCAUUGUGACCAGCGUAACGGUUGCGCAGAGUUGGUUCGAAUAAGAAAGCAGCUCAGGCUGAAUGAUGAAAGAGUCCGACUUCCGGAAAGUCGUCUUACUCGUUCGUCCUCACCUUUCCAUAAUACAUCUCCAGCACAUGUGAAGAUUGUACCACAAUGCUAUGAUCUUUUUGAGACAAUCCGAACAUGGGCGUUGACUAUGGAUUAUGAAGGCAAUGUGCUUACGCGCAAUGGAGAGUGGUCGAAGCUGUCACCUAUUGACAGGAAGUGUUCAGUGCAAUAA